AUGGAUGAUCCACCUCAAUCGCCAUUUGGAAUUCCUGCAACCGCAAUUCCACAAAUUCCAUGCGAAGUUCACCUAAACCAGAAGGUCGAAGCACACUUCACAGCGAGGCAAAGGUUGACAACACCUCCUCAUGGUUUAACAACCUCCACCUUCAGUCGAAAGUUUAUUGUCCAAUAUCCAAGCCGAGGCAAUGGUGAUCGAUAA